CUGUGUCCCCCUACCGCCCCCCUCUUCCGAUGGCUCUCCUCGCCGUCACUUCCCGCACUCCGAUCCUCUUCUCACACAACCCUAAUCCCCUUUAUCUCUCAUCUCUCCACUCCCACCUCUCUCUCUCUCCUCGCCCUCUCAGGUUCCCUUCUCUCCGCUUCAUCUCCGCCACCGCCGGCGACGCCGACGCCGACGCCGCCAAGCCCGCCCCCAAGAUCUCCGACGAGUGGGGCGAGGACUACGAGCCCGAGGCCGAACCAUCGUCCUCCAAGCUCCCCGAUUCGGACCCUCCCAAGGACGAGGACGAAUGGGAGGAAGGAGGGGCAGCCGGCGCCGGUGGCUACAUCGACGGCGGGAAUGGGAUUCCGGCCGCCGAUACCGAGUCUCCGGUGGAGGGGCUGAAGCGUGCUCUGGUGGACACGGUGUAUGGGACCGAGUUAGGGAUUCGGGCUGGGUCGGAGGUCCGUGCUGAGGUGUCCGAGUUGGUGACUCAGUUGGAAGCGUCGAACCCUACCCUUGCCCCUGUGGAGGAACCUGCCCUACUUGAUGGAAAUUGGGUGUUGCUGUACACUGCGUCUUCUGAACUUUUGCCUCUUCUAGCGGCAGGAAGAUUGCCUUUGUUGAAAGUGGACAAGAUUUCACAAACAAUUGAUACCAGUAGCUUCACCAUUAUAAACUCCACAACAUUGUCUAGCCCUUUUGCGUCUUUGUCUUUCAGUGCAUCUGCCUCGUUUGAAGUUCGAACCCCCUCAAGGAUACAGGUCACAUUUAAAGAAGGUUCAAUACAGCCUCCAGAGAUAAAGUCUAAAGUUGAACUUCCAGAAGAUGUAGAAAUUUUUGGCCAAAAGCUUAGCCUACUGCCUCUGCAACAAUCCCUUGGUCCACUGCAGAAUGUGGUGGAAAACAUAUCGCGUGUCAUUUCUGGUCAGCCAGCUCUUAAGAUUCCCAUUCCUGGCGAGAGGACAAGCUCAUGGCUUCUUACUACAUAUCUGGAUAAGGAUUUGCGAAUAUCAAGGGGGGAUGGGGGUCUUUUCAUCCUUGCCAGAGAAGGGAGUACCCUUCUUGAACAAUAGGAAAGUUAUUAUACACCUUUCUUCCUUCUACCAUCCCCUCUCCGACCCCUGAGAAUAAUAAUGUCAAAGAUUUAUUCAAAAUGUCUCAAUUCUUUAUGUUUCUUUCUUCCCAAGCUGAUGUAUAUUUAAAGGAGUGACGACGGGUUAUAUUAUCAGGCUGUAAUUCUACAUUCUAUACAUUGUUGGAAAGAUAAUGUAAACCCUAAAUAGCUUCGGUGACAUAUUGCUUUGGGAAAGGAUUAUGAAAUCAAUUUACAAAGCUACUUUUUUGGAUUGA